AUGGACCACCCCGUCGUGACAGGAGCGCGGCCGUCCAGCAUCGAAAAGGCGCCUCUUCACAUCUCAACCGACUCCGACGCCUUCCAUCGACUUCCCGACGAGAUCAUCGAGCAGAUACUCCUCGCCGCCAAACCCAGCGACUUCGCCUCCCUGAUUCUCCUCAAUCGCAAAUGGAGAGCAACGUCUCAGCGUCCUCACAUUUAUGCACAUCAUCUAGCUCAUUGCCCGUCCUAUGCGGCCUCUCAUCCCCGCGUUCCUACCGCUGUCCAUGACAAUCUACCCACGCUUCGCCGUCUUUUUGCGCGACAGGUCAAACGGAACCUCUUCGAGCCUUACCUGCGCCCCAAACGGACCUUGAUAAAGCUCGUCUCCAAUUCAAUCAGCUCUUCGUCGGCUCCGGGCGGGGAGGGAAUGCAGUUUGCCUCCUCGCCCAGAGGCCAGCACAUUCUGGCAUACAACUCGUCGAGAAUCUACGUCAUCGAUGUCUGUAGCUCCGCUGUCAGCGUUGAACGGGAGUUGAAGAUUCAACGGCGACCAGCUGCGGCUUGCGUUACUGAUGACGCUCAUACCCUGGCCGUCUUGUCGAGUGAGAUGCAGGUGGAUAUUUAUGACAUGACCCAAUCGCCACCACAUAGAGAGCACUCCCUCGUUUUGGACAAUAAGCCGCAGACAAUUGCAUUAUCAUCCUGCGGCGCCGUUCUUGCCGCCGCAUAUGACGGAGGGAUCGAGGUGUUCUCCGUGAAGUCUUCGACCCUGGCGACGGAGAAGCGGGCUGUCAAAUGUGACGCAGUCGACGCCUUGGCCUUUUCGCUCGACGGAACCCAGCUUUUGGGCACCACUGUAAACUCUUGUCCGCCGUCCACUGUGGUUCUGACAGCACCGUACUAUGAUCCCGGCAGCCAGAUGUUGGAGGAAAAUGCGGGUGCCAUGUGGACAACCUCCAUCCUUUUCCCCAAUACGAGCCGUGACUGCAGUCACGCCAUAUGGUUGCCCGACGACGAGCACGGAGAGCCCGAGUGGACAUUCACCUAUGACCGCAGCUUCGAAACCUUUCGCGCCGUCCGACUCGAUGAUCUCCGGAAUGGCACAACUUACUUCACAGGCCCGAUUCCAAAUGCCAAACUGCAGACCAAGCUAUUGCCCUGUACUCUGCCCGCCACCACCUCUCAGGGGGAGCUGGUUUCGGCGGGCUUUCAGGGCAGCGAGGUUUGGAUUUAUGGCGUUCCCCAGGACCUGGAUGCUGUACCCGAAGCCUCGCCAGCAAGUCGUGAUUCUUCGUCGAAUUCGAACUCGUCAGGACUGGGCAGGCAUAAUAAUAGUGCUCAAAGCAGCUUGUCCCGUCGCACUUCGACCAGGGGUCAAGAUGGUGCUGAAACCGAGCGAGUGCCUCAGUGGCAGAUUCUCUGCGACAAGCUGCGGAACAAUCUUGUUGCCGGCUUCAAGGUUACCGAGUUGAGUGGUCUUGGUAGUGUCAAGUGGGUUGGGAACUUUGGCCAGCAUUCCUCCCAGGAACGGCUUGUAGUUACCGCCACUGGAGUCUCGGGCCCGAAGCUAGUGACGGAUGAAGAGGAUGUCGACUUUGUCGACGGCGGGCGUAUCGUUUUGCUGGACUUUGAUUACGGCCUUGUGAAUGGAGACCGUACAGAAGUCACGAUUGAAGUAGGAACUGAUAAUGCCGAACCCCUGGCCGAGGAACGACAUGACCUGGAAACAGAGGUGGCCAUAGUCCGGCGAAGAACUGUCGCCCAGAGGCGAGGAGGCAGCGCUGCUCUCCUUCGAGCAGCAACCACCGUCGCCGGGCGAGAGCCACUCCCUCGACUCGUAGUACCCAGCACCAUUGCAAAUGCUCACGACGACGACGACGACGACCCGCUGGCCCCGAGGACGAUUGGACAACACCCCAUCAACCGCCGGACCGCAGCACCCACUUCGCAGGCCGAGGAAGAAGUCGCGUCCAUGGAUGAGCAGGAGGCUCUUGAUGCACCCUACGCACACGCUAGCCCUCGGUCUGGCACCACUCUUCGUCGGGCAGCCACGGCCGCGGCCGUGAACCGGCGACUGAAUCCCCGCACGGCAGAUGGCCGCCCCAUUGAGUAUCGCCGGGCAGACGGCCGCGCUGAACACCCUCAUGAAAGUGAUGCCGACAACUGGGUGCCUCCUCCCCCUCCUUAUCAGAAGGAGGACCCCGGUGAUAUGCCAGACUUUAUGCGCGGACCAUCCGUGGCGCCAAUGGCAGUCACGAACGACUUCCCACCCCCUUCCGCCGGCGGCGGCUCCACUGGUGAAGCUUUCGACAACUCCCCAACGUCGGCCCUGGAGCAGUCGGCGCAGGCAAAGUGGACUGGGCCUCAACAUCAAGACAGGCGGGCUCAGCAGGAUCCCACAAGUGAGGCCGCAAAUAUGAAUAGACUGGAGGCGGUAGACCUACCUCGACCGGUAUCCACACCUUCUAUGCAAUCAGUCCAGGGCGACGAUAUCUACGACGUGUCGCCGCCAGCUUCCUUACGCAUACCAUCUACGCACCCCAGCGAGUCCGCGGCGCCCCCGGGGCAAAUAUCGUCUCCUACAUCCCGCGGAAACACAUCGGCUGCAGCCUCUUUCGACUCGGCCCCGUCACAGCAAUGGACCGAGUUCCCUCGAGCGACACCGGAGGCCGCCUCCCCGACUCCCGAACCCAGCAACAGGCCUGGAGCGCGGCCUGGAGCGCGGUCUGGAGCGCGGCCUGGAGCGCCGGUGUUGGAGCUGCGAAUUCCCUCGUCUCCGUCGAACCUCGCUGGCGCCUCAGGAGCAGAGCCGCGGCGCCUGUCCAAUGCCCGAACGUGGCCCAAGCAAUUUCAGCCAGGAGCACAGUCGAGCGUGGGCCCGCCACGGCAGUUUCCUGGGCAUCCUCUUACCGCUCCGCCUCUGGGCGUGACUGCGAACGAUUUGGCAGCGGGGUUUCUGCCGCCCGCGCCAAGUUCCGGCCAGAUCGCGAGCCUCAACAAGAGGAUCAGCCAGGGCAACCCUCGCCGGCUGUCGGGCAAUGCUUGGAAUCAGCAGCUCUGGAUGGACAAGGGCCGCAGCGCGACGACGGAGGAGCCGCGUGGCUCGCCGUCGCAGGCGCAGUCCCCGGCGUUUCCUGCCGACGAGGGGCGGUUCCACGUCGCCGACUCGGACCGGCCCCUCAUCAUCAGCACGCCGACGGGGAUUUCUGGGUCCCACGAUCCGCCUCAACGGCGGGGGUCUGCCGCGAACCACGCCGAAACGCCCAUCCUCGCUCCGAUCCCCCGGCGGCCGCGGCCCGCGCACUUCCCGAGGCCGGGGGGCACCGCGCAGCAACUGCAGAAUAUUUACAACAACCAGCCGGCGCCGGCGCCACUGCCCCCCCAUUUGCGCCCCAGCGCCAACGCCUUGCCCAUGUGGAUGAGAACGCCGUCGACGUCGUCACGCAGGACGCCAAACGGCGUCAGCCGGCGUCGCAGCCGGGCGGAGAGAAGCGCAGCAAAGAACGUCAAGGACGCCAAGAAGAGGGGAUGGAUACCCAAGAAGAAGAAGAAGAGAGAGGAGGAGGGGGGGGAGCGUGUCCCCGACAGCGGCGGGUGGGUUGACGUAGCCACGCCCUCGAAGCCCAAGGAGAACAAGUGCGUCGUCAUGUGA